ACCCAACUUACCUUAGUAGCCUUCGUUUGCUUUGUCCUUUAAUUAAAUUAAUUAAUAGAAUUUUAUUCGUAUUUGAGAUAUAUGUAACGAUAUAAAUAUAAUACAUCUUAGGAGUACUGAUUUGGGGAUAUUUUAGGGCUUUUAUCUCCAGGUGCGAUUCUGAUUUCGUUGGGUGAGAACAAUUUAUUUAUUGGGUGUAGAGAGAGAAAGGGAACCCCAACUCAUCAAGCGGUUGGAAUUGAGCUUAGAUGCGAAGAAGUUGAACAUCUUUCCUAUUUUUUCGAUCGAUUACUGGUUAUUAUCUACCGUUUUUGCCAAUUCCAAAGUUUGAUUUGAUCUUCAACAUCUGAGAUUGGGAGAGAGCUCUUGAGAGAGAGUGUGUGUGUUUUACUCUGUGUUCUAGUGAGAGAGAGAUAGAGGGAUGUGGAGUAUAUCGAGAUUUUGUGAGAAAGUGUAUUCGAUGGCAGAAGGUGGAUCUCAAUACUGUUCUAAGAAGUCUGAUGAUAUAUGCGGUGAUGGCUACGAUGAGGAGUCGAACAAAGUUUUGAGUAUGUCGAGAUUGCGAUGCAUUAUGCGAGGAUUGGAUUUGAAAACGUACCUCUUCCUGUUCAUUAUGGUCCCAACAUGCAUCUUCGGCAUAUACAUUCAUGGGCAGAAGAUCUCAUACUUUUUACGGCCGUUAUGGGAAUCGCCACCCAAGCCAUUUCAUGAAAUUCCUCACUACUAUCACGAGAAUGUGUCGAUGGUGAAAUUAUGUGAACUUCAUGGUUGGGGAAUCCGUGAGUUCCCAAGGCGUGUUUAUGAUGCUGUGUUGUUUAGCAAUGAGCUGGAGAUCCUUACAAUACGAUGGAAAGAAUUAUACCCUUAUGUAACACAGUUUGUUCUCCUUGAGUCGAAUGCAACAUUCACUGGACUGCCAAAGCCUUUAGUUUUUGAAAGCAAUCGUCAUCAGUUCGAAUUUGUUGAGCCACGACUGACUUACGGGAACAUUGCAGGGAAAUUUAAGAAAGGAGAAAACCCAUUUAAAGAGGAGGCAUAUCAGCGAAUAGCUUUGGAUUAUCUUCUCAAACAAGCAGGUAUUACAGAUGAUGACUUGUUGAUAAUGUCUGAUGUUGAUGAGAUACCAAGCCAACACACUAUCAAUCUGUUGAGGUGGUGUGAUGAGAUACCUCCAGUCAUUCAUCUUCGGCUGAAGAAUUAUCUGUAUUCUUUUGAAUUUCUUGUGGAUAAUAAUAGCUGGAGAGCUUCGGUACACCGGUAUCAGUCUGGCCAGACAAGGUAUGCACAUUAUCGCCAGUCUGAUGACAUUUUGGCAGAUGCAGGAUGGCAUUGUAGCUUUUGCUUUCGCCACAUCAGUGAAUUCAUAUUUAAGAUGAAAGCUUAUAGCCAUUUUGACAGAGUGAGGUUCUCUCAUUUUCUGAACCCUACAAGAGUUCAGAACGUGAUCUGCAAAGGGGCUGACUUAUUUGAUAUGUUACCAGAGGAGUAUACAUUCAAGGAAAUUAUUGGGAAAAUGGGACCUGUUCCCCAUUCCUACUCAGCUGUUCAUCUUCCAGCUUAUCUUUUGGAGAAUGCUGACAAUUAUAAAUUUCUCUUGCCUGGGAAUUGCAAGAGAGAGAAAGAGAGUGGCUGAUUUGCUUGGAUGAGUUCUGUUGUCCGUUUUUGGUGAAGGCUGGAGAUGCAGGUAGCAUGACCUCCCCAUGAAGAGAUUUACUGGACAACUAAUGACUGCAGUGUGUCACUAGUAUAACUGUGCAUGCUACAUGUGCCGCAUUAUUUAUAUCAUUCUUUCUGAUAUAUUUGGAAAUUCAGAUGAAUUCUAGGUUGAGAUUCUGUAUAUAACGUCAUUUUAGAGUUGGUUUUCAUUCGCGGUGGAGCAUAUCCAUUUGCUUAGUGGGGAGGUUGCUGUGACGGGAACAGCUAGGUUGUCAUGAAGAGUUGUGUAUUACUUUACAUAUGUACGCCCCAUUCCCAGAAAACUAUGCUCCCCAAAGUAUCUAUGACAGUUCCUGGAUUUUCCUCUUGUAAGGAAAUUUUGAUGUUA